CUUUCUUUUUGCCAUUUUCCAAGUCUAUAUUUGUCAUGAUAUAUUGUAUCAGUAUGGCAAUAGAAUGUUUUCAUUGCAGAGACCAUAUAUCUCUAGGUAGUCUACAACUCUGUGUAAUGACAUUUAGUUUGUUAUUUUUUUUUUUAAGAUUUCAUAUUAUUCAACUUUCUGUAAUGCAUCCUACACUGCUAGUCAAGGUGGGCAGGAAUAGAAUCUUGAGCAUGGAAAUAGUUUCUUCCUAGGAGUUAGCCCACUUCCAGAUGUAGUUCAUGGAGGCUACAGUUCAUACUCAUUUACCAAUGGAAAUAACACAAUAGUCCCUUCCCAAAAGCCCACUGAGCCUAAUCUUCCUCUGAAAGCUUUGUGCACUUGCUGCAAGUCAUUUCCAUCAUCCCAGCCAUCAGGUGAAUCCAGGUCCCCAUCAUAUUGGUGCUAGAUUCCAUCAUCAGGCUCACUUCUGGCUAGUAUGCAUCACAAGGUUCUGAGUCUUCAUCAUCCUUUUUUAUUUUCUAAAGAACUAUAAUCACAACUCAUUAUCACCUUUCACAUGGGAGUGAGCAGCUAUUCUGGGAGUCAUGCACUGAAGAAGCUUGUUAUCUUUGAAUAGUGGAUAAAGCUGCAAGGGAUAUAAUCAAACAUGUCUAGAGGAGAUACAGAGAUUCCUGUCAGUGAGGAUUAUGCUACGUCUGAAGAGCCUACCAUGCCCAUUCUGGUAGAAGAAGGAUUGGCUUCAAGUAUGCCUAGAGAGCCAUUACACAUUAAUGAUAAUGAUGCUUAUCCAUCAUCUGAAGAACCAACCAUGCCUAAACUAACGAUAGAAGAUUUGCCAGCUCACCCAGUACAAAACAGUAUAGAAAACAUUGUAACAGGAAUCACAACACCAGCAGCAGAGACAAAGCCACUCGGUAGAAAAAGAAGGAGAACUAAGACAUGGCAACAUUCAUGCGAUUCAGGGACCGAAGCGGCGCAAUUGAGAAGAGUUGGAAUGCAUUCUUGUAAUUUAUGCCAGUCCAUAGAUACCACAACACCCAAAAGGCCUUGGUCAGAGGGGAGCAGUGACUCAGGAAAGUUGAUCACAAAACCAUAG